AUCAUGUCGGGUAAAGUAGCAGCUCGCAAGCGGGGCAAGCCGGCCUCGGGGGCUGAGACCGGUGCGGGCGCCGGCAAACGGCGACGAAAGGUCGAUUCUGCUGGAGCCAGGAGCAAAGCUAAGGGUGGUGGCAGGAUGAAUGAAGAGAUCUCCAGCGAUUCUGAGAGUGAGAGCCUGGCCCCGAGGAAGACUGAGGAGGAGGAGGUGGAGGAAGAGCUUGAGGAGACAGCGCAGGAGAAGAAGCUGCGCUUGGCCAAGCUGUAUCUUGAGCAGCUUAAGCAGCAAGAGGAGGAGAAGGCUGAGGCCCGUGAAUUUGAAGAGGACCAGGUGGCAGGACGCCUGAAGGAGGAUGUUCUCGAGCAGAGAGGCAGGCUGCAGAAGUCGGUGGCGAAGGAGAUCCAAGCCCCAGAGCCGGCCGACAUUCGAGUCUUGCGGGGCCACCAGCUCUCUAUCACCUGUUUGGUCAUCACGCCAGACGACUCAGCCAUCUUCUCUGCUGCAAAAGACUGCACCAUCAUUAAGUGGAGCACAGAAAGUGGACGGAAGUUGCAUGUGAUCCCUCGAGCCAAAAAGGGUGCUGAGGGGCAGCCACCUGGCCACAGCAGCCACAUCCUCUGCAUGGCCAUCUCCUCUGAUGGCAAGUACCUCGCCUCGGGUGACUGCAGUAAGCUCAUCCUCAUCUGGGAGCCCGAGAGUUGUCGGCACCUGUACACCUUCACGGGACACCGGGAUGCUGUGUCGGGGCUGGCGUUCCGCAGAGGCACCCACCAGCUCUACAGCACUUCUCACGACCGUUCUGUGAAGGUGUGGAACGUGGCCGAAAACGCCUACGUGGAGACGCUCUUCGGGCACCAGGAUGCAGUGGCUGCACUAGACGCCCUGAGUCGAGAGUGCUGCGUGACAGCCGGCGGCCGGGACGGAACCGUAAGGGUGUGGAAGAUCCCGGAGGAGUCCCAGCUGGUCUUCUAUGGCCACCAGGGCUCCAUUGACUGCAUCCAGCUCAUCAACGAGGAACACAUGGUAUCAGGAGCAGAUGAUGGCUCUGUGGCCGUGUGGGGCCUUUCCAAGAAGAGGCCACUUGCCCUGCAGCGUGAGGCCCACGGGCUGCGGGGAGAGCCAGGUCUGGAGCAGCCUUUCUGGGUGUCCUCUGUGGCAUCCCUGCUCAACACAGACCUUGUGGCCACAGGUUCCCACAAUGCCUCUGUGCGGCUCUGGCAGUGCGGGGAGGGCUUUCGGCGACUGGACCAUCUCUGUGACAUCCCCUUGGUGGGUUUUAUCAACAGCCUCAAGUUCUCCAGCACCGGUGACUUCCUGGUGGCUGGAGUGGGGCAGGAGCACAGGCUCGGCCGAUGGUGGCGGAUCAAAGAGGCUCGCAACUCCGUCUGCAUUAUCCCCCUCCGUCGGGCCCCUGCACCCCUGACUGCUGGCUCCUGAUACUCGCCACUUUUAUUUAAUUCGACCCAGCCUGUGCCCCAAACCCUUUGUAUUAAAAACGUCUUCUUUUG